UUGAGAUGAAGUAAGCGGUACCGAUGGUUUGGUUCGCUACGGUAGUCGUUAAAAUCUAUUUGUAAUGGUAAUGAUAUCCCAACGUGCAUAUUUGCAUACGUAAAUGGAAUGCCAUUGUACACCGUCAGCAUCUAACUGUGGGGAGAAUCGAAGAAAGAAGUGCGAUCGUGAUGUCUCUCACUGCUUAUUGUCACUCCGAUGGCAAAAUGAAUCUAAUAAACACAUUGAACAUAUCCAAGAUUGCUGGCAUUGGUCCCCGGAUGAUCCUGAUUGUCCUAAGGAGCCAGGACUGUGUUAUCUUUUAUCUGAAUCGAAAGAAGGGUUUACCAAUUGUUGUUGCAAAGGUCCUCUUUGCAAUGGUGUAGAUAAUAACACCAUAAUAUCGCCGCCUCCCACUCAAGUCAACAGAUCCUUGCUUAUGACAGGGUUAGAUCCCUUUUUUAUCCAGAACUCAAGACCACUCGGAAUUACUCCACUACCAAGGCAAAGUUUUGAUAUACAACAUACGAAUAGCUUCCUUACUCUGAUAAUCACAGCUCCGAUAAUUAUUGGCUUGUUUUUAAUCUUGAUAUUCUCCGUUUUUGCUCUAUUUUUUCCUCGAUGUCGUGUGUGUCGUCUAAAACAGAGCAUGCGGUUCUCAUGGAAGCAUAAAACUUGUACACACUGCGGGAAGUUGUCUGACUUGUAUAGUCCUUUGCAUUGCUUUUCUGUGUGUACACGUGGUCAUACAGUCAAAGAUGAUAUUUCAAAUGGAUCAGUUGCGCAAAAUGAGUAUUUUGGAAUGAACAGUUUAUCUAAACAUCCAAUAACAGGUCUUCGAUGGUUAUCUAGUGAAUGUAUUGAGUUGUGCUCAUUCAUAAAGAAAGUUGAGUUAAAAGCUCACGGACGUUUUGGCCAAGUAUGGCUCGGUCGAUUUUCUUCACCGGAUGAUCAGAACGAUUUUAAUCUAAAUUCAUCACAAUUAUCAUUAAAUAAGAACAAAAAAGAAAUCGAUGUAGCUAUAAAAGUAUUCACGUCAAAUGAGAAACGUAGUUGGGAAACAGAAGUUGCACUUUUUAAUGUUCCAGGUUUGGAACAUAUCAAUAUUCUACAAUAUUAUGGUGCAGACCAGGUCAUUGUGGAUAAUUCUAUUGGUGAAGAUAAACUAGAGUAUUGGUUAGUAACAGAAUAUCAUCCAUUAGGCAGCGUAUAUGAUUAUCUUCAUGCAUAUGAUAUACAGUGGAUAGAUUUAUUAAAAAUUUGUACUGGUAUUGCUCAAGGUUUAGCUCAUCUACAUAUGGAAAUUCCAAAUCUUUCAAAACCUAGUAUAGCUCAUCGUGAUUUGAAUUCUCGCAAUGUGCUAUUAAAGUCUGAUCUUACUGCUUGUAUUGCUGACUUCGGUUUGGCAAUUCGUUUUGAGGCUGGCCAGUGUAUGAGAGAUGCACAUUUGCAGUUGGGUACUCGUCGAUAUAUGGCGCCUGAAGUGUUAGAUGGCGCUAUUCAGUUUUCAAAGGAUGCAUUUCUUCGUAUCGAUAUUUAUGCAAUGGGUUUAGUGUUUUGGGAAUUAAUGAUGAGAUGUUGUUGUGGUUCUAGUAAAAAUGCAACAAUUCAUAUUACUAGUUAUUUAGCACCAUAUGAAAUAGAAUUAGGUCCACAACCAUCAAUGGAAGCAUUACAACGAUGGGUAGCACAUGCUAAACAACGACCUAAAUUUAAUCCACAAUGGGCAUCAGAUGGGGGUUUAUGUGCAUUGUGGGAAACAAUUGAAGAAUGCUGGGACCAAGAUGCAGAAGCACGUCUUUCAGCUGGUUGUGUAACUAAACGUUUGACUACAUUGCUCCGUCUAUCUGUUAUUAAUCAACAAUACAAUGAUAGCUAUAUUAAUAACAGUAAUAAUAAUGAUAGUAAUGGCAUUAACGAGAAGGAUAAUAAUAAUAAUAAUAAUGAUAAUAACACAGUGCUGAGUAAUUAUCUUACUAACAGUCAGCAAACAGAUUGUAAUCCACCACCACCAUACUACUACUGUUACUAUUCUCCAUGUAUUACUAACAGCACUACUACUACUGCUUCUGUUACUACGACCACAUUGAUGGACGUUUCUAAAGAUUUAUGCAAUGGUAGAUAUACUACUACAUCUUUAAUGAAUUAUUCUAGGAAGGAGGAUAUUGGUGUCUACAAUUGCUCAGAUGUUCUAAGUACUACUACUACCGAUAACAUUAAUAAUGGUAAUAAUGAUAAGAGUAAUACUAUACUAACUCGUGGUAGUACUGGAUGUCCACCGACAAUUUGUCUACCCUAUUCUAUGAAUAUUAAUUUCUCUACACUUACAGAUCAUAGAUCUAAUAAGAUCAAUAGUGAAAUAUUACAAUGUAAAAGAAAAAAUCAAACAUUAUGCUUUAAUGAUAUAUUAAAUCGAACAGAAGAUCAAAUACAGUGUGAUAGUACAGAAUAUUUAAAACCAAAUCAACAGAGUAAAACAAUAGUUAACGAAGAGGAAUCGACAGAAUAUCAAAAGUUAUUAUCUUCUGUUUCUAAUAUGAAAUGAUCAUCAGCCUCCUUAUUAUUUGUAUUGUACUUAUGGUUACAUUUUAAAGAAAGUGUAUGUAAACAAAUUUUUGAAGCGUUUUUUUCUGUCUUCUCUUUUUUCUUGUUGAAUAUUUUUUUGUACUAUGUAUGUGUGUAUAUGUUCAAUGGACAACUUUUUCGGCUUUUAAUUAUAAAUAAUCGCGUGUAAUUUUUAAGCGCCCUUUUUGUAUACAUGUUUUUCUGUAUUGUCCUUUCUGGUGUACUUUUCUUUAUGUUUUUUCUUAAUUUACAAGCAACUUAAGCUAAUUUUACUCGUUACAUUUUAAAGAAUCGAUGAAACUAAAUCUUUUCUAUCUGAAAAAAUGUAUAAAUUUGCUUCCCCUCCUCCUAUCUCUUAUUCUUCACUCCUUCCCACCGGACAUUAUGAAACAUGUAAAUAUUCAGCCCCAGAUCUGUUGUGUACUACUAGUAGUAUUAAUAAUGGCAUCCUUUACAGCACAAAUAUUUUAUUAAAUGAUCAUUGUCAAUAUGAAAAUAAUUCAACAGUAACACGCCUACAACCAUUUACACUGGACUGAUUGAUAUCCAGCGCUGGUCUUUCUAAACAUUAAAGAGAUUAAACGUCAGUUUAUUUUCAUUCAGUUUUCAAUCCUGUUUUUUUCAGCUCGCUGAUGUAUUCUUAUGUACAUAUAUAAAUCUAUUUUUAUAUAUCCCGGUGAAAUUCCUUCAUUUCUCUUAGUAUGAUAUUUUUUGGUGUUAUGUAUGUUUUAUUUUGUCUCCAUUUGAUGUGAUGUCUUUUUUGACUGUUUUCCAAUCAUUCUAUGAUUCUAUUUUCAGUAGUGAAAAAAACUUCAAAAAUAUUAUUAUUAUUUGUUUUUGACAUACUACUUCAAAAUCACUGCAAGUAGUUUGUGUAAAUAGUUUUAUCAUUGUUGUUAAUGAUAAUGCUUGAAAAUUAUGUGCUUUUCUCCUCAAUAUUCUCUGUUUAUUUUGUCGUGCCUUCCUCCUUCUUUGUGUUUUCUUCUACAGACAUCUUGAUUUCUCUUUUUGCUGCCAAGCUUGUAAUAAUAGAGUCUUAAAAGAUUAGGAUAAUCAAACAGCUUUAAUUAGUUUUUCUUUCUGUUAUUCUAAGCCAAAUUAGCUUCAUUCUUAUUAUUAAUAUUAUUCGAGAAUGAGAACGACGUCACAAUAGCGAGGAAUUCUGUUUCCUUUCAGUGUAUAUUAAUCAUUUCGUCUACUUUGUGUGUGUGUAUUCAUUUCUCACUCUUCUUUUCCAAUUGGACUUCUCAUUUCCGGUCAAACUUUUAUUUCAUUCGCACACCGUUUGUAGAAAAAACCCAGUAAAAUUGAUUAAAAUCCAUAGAUUUGUUUUAAUUAUUGUAAAAAAAUAAUUUUUUCUUUGUAUGAUGAUAAUAGUUGGUUGAUUCCGU